CUUCCGCCGCCUCGAUGCCGCCAUUCCGAUCACGUACCUCCAUCGCUGCGGCGGCGGCGGCGGCUUCCUCAUUCGCCUCCUUUGCAUCGCUUGCCUACGCCGAUGGUCCCUUUCGCUUCCCCUACCUCUCUUCUCCUUCAGCUCCUGCCACCAAUGCGAAUGCUUCGUCUUCCACGUCAUCAUCUUCUUCUUCAGGAGGCUUCGACCCGGAGUCGCUGGAACGUGGGGCGAAAGCCCUGCGAGAAAUCAACAGCUCGCCUUAUGCCCACCAGGUUUUUGAGCUGAUGAGGAGGCAAGAGGAGAGUCGUUUAGCAGAGAUUGCUGCUGAGAAAGCUAGGCAUUUGGCAAUACAGACGCAGGCUGAUAUUGUGAGCCUUCUUUGUUUUGGGAGUUUGUUUAAGCUUCAAUUA